UUUUUAUGUAACACAGUGCACAGCCAAACUCUUUAAUCUUGUUUUAACAGUUGGCAAAGAAAAGACAGAAUCGUUUUUAGUGACAAAACCAGAUGUGUUGAAAACCAAUCUAGUUUAUCUUAAAACUUAAAAAGUUUAUCAAAAGAGUGUGUAGAAAAAUACAUUCUUAUCACAACAUUCAUCUUUACCAUUAUGACAUGUAGAUUUGCACAGAAAAAAUUUUCCAACUGCAUCAAAUGUAGAACUAUCAGAGAUGAUUCAAUAAACUGUUUUAGACUGAAAUACUGAUAACAAGGAUAUUUGGAUGCAGAUUGUGUUUUAAUUAUUUUAUGAAAGAGAAGGAGCUUGACAUAAAAAAUUGUUGUGGUCAAGGCUAUGACAAUGGCGCUAAUAUAACAGGUAUUUACAAUGGAAUUACAUUUUUGAUUAGACAGAAUAACCCACAAGCAAUUUUUAUUUCUUGCUCUGCUCACAGUUUGAACUUAUGUGCAGUACACUUUUGCUCUCAUGUCUAGGGUAGGGGGGGGGGUCAGAAAUUUAUAGGCUUUUUUAUUCCCAGGCUCAAAUCUUCAAUCUUUUGCAAAGCAUUCAAAUUUGACAUACGUAUAAACAUAUAAAUGUUUGGAGUUGGCUCCAUUUCUGGCAGUUAGCUGUCUCAAACACCAAAAAAUGCUGUAUCUGUUCAUGCAGGUUGCAGCUGUUGCUGAAAGAAAAUUUAGUGCAGAUAACUGGAGAAUCUUUGAUGAGCUUAGAGAAGAACAAAGAAAACUUCAAAUAUUUAAUGAUACUAAAGUCUCAGAAGAUAAAAAUAGAAGCUUAAACUCUCUUUUGUUGGAAAGUUAUGAUGGUUCUUCAACGCUUAUUGAUGGAAAUAAAAUUGUAGAUAAAUAUUGCAAUGACUAUUCAUCAAAUUGCAUGGAAAAAAGCGUUGAUCUUGAUGACAAUGGUAAAUUGAAUAUCAUUGCACAUGUAGAAUGUGAUGAACUCUCUGUGGCUGGAAAUUCAGUGGAUAUUGCUUCAGCAGACAACUGCUUAACACAGCAAAAUGCAUUUUGCAAAGAUAAAGAUUCUUUACUUUUUGUUUCUGAAAAUAAAAAUGAGGCUUUUAUUCCACCUGCUUUCAAAAGUUUAAUUUAUUGCUUGCUGAACAUUAAAAGAUUUCAAAGAUUUUUAAAAGAUAUCAAUAGGGAGAUGCUAAAUAAAAGAAAAGACAUGAAAGAGCAAUUCCCCACAAUUUUGUUCUUUUUGGAAGCUUAUAAUUUGGUUAAAAAAAGAGAUGAUGUUAUGAAGUAUUUUAAAAUUAGAUUUCAAGUGAAUGAACUUACUGCUUCUUUGCAUGAUGAAUGUCCAUCAUCAAUACUAAUAAGUAUGUUGGAGCUUCUUCAUGAAGAGUUAGUGGACUGUAAGAUACAUAAAUAUUUAAAGAAGACUUGUUAUGAGCAAUGCAGGUUUACCAUCAAGCAAAAUCAUACUGCUGUCAGUCAUUUGUUUCGUGGUUAUCUUAAAAAGAAGACGCAAUGUGAGUGUGGUCACAUAAUGGUUGUGAAUGAAGCAUUUACAUCUGUUACUAUUUCUUUGGAAGAUUUAGAAGAAAAGCUUUUAUUUGUCAAAGUUAUUGAAGGAAAAGGAACGAAUAUACUUAGCACAAGAUUUAGCUUUACUAUAAAUAAUUGGUCUACAGUAGGAAGUCUCAAAGAAAAGAUUAUAUUUAUGAAUGUUGUACAUUUAUCACUAGAAUCUUUAGUAAUAUGUCUAAUUGAUGAAGAAAGACAGCCUCAUAUUCUGAAUGACAGCCUUUUGUUGUUUGAACUCAUGGUAGCAGAUGGUGAAGUGUAUGUAUUUCAAACAAAUGCAAAUAUGUUAAAAGAUGAAACUUCAAGUAGCAAUAUAAGCUAUUCUUGUAGUAAUAAAUUAACUUGUACAAGUAAUCUAAAAUUAGGACCAAAAAGUAAAUACACUACCCAAUUAUUUGUUCAUUUUUAUUCCUCAAAGUUUUCAAUAUUGUGCUAUAUUCUGAUGUUGAAGUUUCCAUCUUUAUGUCUUGGCCUUGAUAUUUAUAAGGGGGUAGCAAGACUUCUUGGUACUUCUUUUACUGAGUUUAAAGUUUAUAUAAAAAACGAGAAUAAGCUAUGCAUUUUUUGCAUGACUUUACAAUGCAGUGGUUGUCCUCUACAGUUGUGUGAUAAAAUAAGAAUCAGUGAACAAUAUUAUAUGAUCGUUUUUAUUGAUUCAAAAGUGACUAUAGAAGAAGUUGAUGACAUAUCUGUGACUGAAAAUGAACCUUUAAAUGUUAUCUCUCUUAAUGAGUGUCUCAGAAGUUUUACUUGCAAAAAAGAAAAGAACUUGUGUCAAGCUUGUUUUCAGUUGUCAUGGAAACCUUCUGAAAUGAUUGUUUUAAAAUCACCUGCUGUUCUUAUAAUUCAAAUAUCUAACCUAUGUGAACACAAGCUGUUGUACCAAAAUGAAAUUCUAUGGCCGAUGUAUAAUAAACAGUCAUCAAAUCAAAUGUUUUCAUUAUCAAGUCUUGUCAUUGAUGAUACAGAACAUACUUCGUUUAUUAAACAUAAAAGAACUAAUGAAAAGAUAGUUGAUGAAAAUAUUUGGAUCAAACAUUCAAUAAAUGAUUCCCUGGUUGUAACUUCAUUGCCAUCAUCUAAAAUAGAGUUAUUGUUUUAUAUCAAAAAUCAAGAAAAUAUUGUUCAAAAACCUUCAAAUCAAGCAAAUAUUUUGAAAAUAAAAAAACAGAAGACAGACAAUUCAAUUGUAGAUAGAAUUACUAAAGAAGAGAAUUUUGUGAACAAAAAAUCUCUUAGAUCUGUCGAGUCUUGUGGUAGUUGCUCAUUUAAAAGCUGUUAUUCAAAAAAUACUUUAUCUUUAUGCAACUGUAAACGCUGUAAAUGUUUAGAGCAGAUGCAUCAUAAGAUCAUUCAUUCUCGAAGUUCAUUAAAUACAUUUGGUACUGUAGAUGUUUCAGCUGAUGAUGAUGCUGUUGAAAUUAUAAAAGAUAAUAGUGUUGAGAAAUCAGAAAGUUUUCACUUGGUCAAUAUGCUGCAUCAAGCUAUUCGAAAACAAAAUUUGCGUAAUGCAGUUCAACAUUUCAAAGAUCAAGCAGAUGUCAACUAUCUUCAUAGAGGUGUUGCGGCUAUUCAUCUUAGUGCAGGUAUACCUUCACCUCUUGGUUGUGUAUUUACUCAAUUGUGCCUUGAUCAUGGGGCUGAUCCUAACCUUAAAUCAUGUGAUGGUAUGACACCAUUGCAUAUUGCAACAACUGGAAAUCAAGCAGAGACUAUCAAAUUACUAUUAAAAGCAGGAGGCUCACCUAAUACAAAGGAUUUAGAAGGUCGAAGUUGUUAUGAUAUCCUUGUUCAAGCAAACAACCAAAUAAGCAGAGAACAUUGUGAGCAACUUCUGAGAUUAUUUAGAGGAGAAGAAAACCUUGAUCAGAGAAUUAUUGAGAAAUAUAAAGAUAUUUCUUUUUUAAAUCAUGAUUUAAGUAAGAGGAAAGAGGAUUGCUUCUCGUCAAGUUUAUCAGAUGUCAAUAAUAAGUGUUCAUUAAACCUUUUGGAUACAAGUGGCGAGGGUUCUUUUAUACAUAAUGAACUUCGUAACACCGAUUUUAAAGAAUCUAGUAUUACGGAAGAUGAUUUGCAAAGUCUAAACUCUGAAGUUUCAUUUAAACAAUGUCGGAAGAGAUCUUGGGAGUUGUUUCGCUUUCGAAAAUCAAAAUGUCGUCGAAAUGACUCUGAAAAUUUUGGUAAUGGAUUAAUGCAACGUUUGUUUCAAUGGUUUGGUCUGAUAUUUAAAAAGCGUUAAAGUUGAAAAAAAAAAUAGGUUGUUCAAAUUUUAAAAUUUAUUUUUUUGCAAGUGUUAAAAAUAUUUAAUUUUUUAGUUACAAGUAUAUUUUUUCCUAUUUGUUCAUUAUUGGAGUAUUAAAUUAGUUUAAACUUUUUUAUUUUUUGUUUUAAUUUUUAAAGAAUUUAUAAGUUUUAAGGGCAACAAGUAAUUUAUUAUGAUCAAUUUGCUCAAUUUGUAAAUUUUUAUAUAAAUAUAUGUAAAUGGAUAGAAUAUUA